UAUGGCGGCUCUCGGCCUGGGACUCUUGGCCCGUCUGCCCCGUGGUGCUCCCAGAGGUCACAUCCAGCGUCCCGUGCACAGGCUUCUCAGUUAUCCAGGAACGGUGGCCACGGACGCCAGGAGAGAAGAGGAGCCCUCGGCGAGCGUGGAGACAGGCCCUGAAGACAGGACUCCAAGAAAGAGAUUCUCUGAGGUGCAAAAAGAAAGACGGGAACAGGCACAACGGACUGUUUUGAUACAUUGCUCAAAUAAGAUUAGUGAAAGAAAAUUUCUUAAAUACUUAUCUCAGCAUGGAUCUAUUAAUAAUCAUUUCUUCUAUGAAAGCUUUGGCCUCUAUGCUGUUGUUGAAUUUUCUCAGAAGGAGAGUGUAGCUUCGCUGCAGAAUGUAACUCGUACUCCCAGCCUGGGUGUAGAGGCUGCCAUUCCAUUCCGAUCACGUUUCUUCAACUUAAAAUUGAAGAAUUCCUCAGGCCAGACUUCUGAACAGCCAAAUAUACCAUGCAGUAGUCAGUCCCCACCAUCAAACAAGAAGCUUUUUGAAUUACUUUGUUGUGCAGAAAGUGUAGAUGAUCAGCUGAACACGCUCUUGAAGGAAUUCCAGCUCACUGAGGAGAACAUCCAGCUCCGGUAUCUCACUUGCUCUCUUAUUGAAGACAUAGCGGCUGCCUAUUUCCCAGACUGUGUAAUCAGACCCUUUGGUUCUUCCGUGAAUGGUUUUGGGAAAUUAGGUUGUGAUUUAGACAUGUUUUUGGAUCUCGAUGAAAUUGAAAGAUUAGCUGCUCCAAAGACCUCAGGAAAUUUUCUGAUGGAAUUUCAAGUGAAAACUGUUCCUUCAGACAGAAUUGCCACCCAGAAAAUCCUGUCCGUGAUUGGAGAAUCCCUUGACCACUUUGGCCCUGGAUGUGUUGGUGUACAAAAGAUACUAAAUGCUCGUUGUCCGCUUGUGAGGUUUUCACACCAGGCCUCUGGAUUUCAGUGUGAUUUGACCACCAAUAAUAGGAUUGCCUUAAAAAGUUCAGAACUCCUUUAUAUAUAUGGUGCCCUGGACUCACGCGUGAGGCCCUUAGUGUUCAGUAUCCGGUACUGGGCUCGGGCACAUUCCUUAACAAGCAGUAUUCCUGGUGCUUGGAUCACAAAUUUCUCACUGACCAUGAUGGUCAUCUUUUUUCUCCAGAGGAGAUCACCCCCUAUUCUUCCAACAUUAGACUCCCUGAAAACCCUAGCUGAUGCAGAAGAUAAAUGUAUAAUAGAAGGCCACAACUGUACAUUUCUUUGUGACUUGAGUAGAAUUACACCUUCAAAAAAUACAGAAACAUUAGAUUUACUACUGAGAGAAUUCUUUGAGUAUUUUGGAAAUUUUGCUUUCAAUAAACAUUCUUUAAACAUUCGACAGGGAAAGGAACAGAACAAACCUGAAUCUUCUCCUCUGCACAUUCAGAAUCCUUUUGAAACUUCGCUCAACAUCAGCAAAAAUGUUACUCAAAGCCAGCUGCAGAAAUUUGUGGAUCUGGCCCGAGAAAGUGCCUGGAUUUUACAUCAGGAAGGUAAAGAUUGCCCUUCCCCAUCAGGGAAACACCCCUGGGGACUGGCAGCUCUGUUGCUUCCUUCAGUGGCGAACAAUAUGUCUCUUGGCAAGAAGAAAAAGAAGGCUGCAAGUGAGAGGAUUAAAAACUUAUUGGAAUCCAUAAAAAGGCGGUAAGAAGAGUCCAGAAAAUUCCACAGUCGCAAAUGGGAAAAGAACAUUUAGUACGCAGGCAUAAAAGCUGUGCCUUUGCUUUCAGAACUGGUUUUAUUCUACCAGGAAGAACUGGUGUGGGACUUUAAUGCAUUUCAACUUUCAUUUGAUACUACUUUCUUCCAUCUUCUUAGGAUAUUUUUGAUCUGCUUUAUUAAAACAGAAAUCUUGAGGAACAGUGGAAGAAAAUUGAAGGGUAUUUUGAAAUAGAUAAUGCUCCAAAGUGAAUGAUUAAAAUGAGUUUUAGAAUUAAAUCAUUGCUGAUCAGGAUAUCAUUUCUGGGUAUAUGUUUGAUUCUAGAUAUGUACAUAUUGUAGACAAUACAAUAAAGCCUCAAAAUUCA